GUGUGGUGGAAGUGGUUUUUGUAAAGUGCUGCUAGUUCGGCUGACAGCUCCAUGAUCGCGCUGUGGAGGUUUGGCUGAGGAGCUGUGCGCAGCAUGGGCACCGGGGAUUACAUCUGCGUGACGCUGCGUGGUGGUGCCCCCUGGGGAUUCACCCUGCGGGAGGGAGAGGGAGACACAUAUAGACCCUUGAUAGUCACACAGGUAGAGGAAGACGGCCGAGCCUUCCUGGCUGGAGUGCGUAAUGAUGAUGAGGCGGUGUCACUUAACGGAGAGCCAUGUGCUGAUCUCACCCUGUUGCAGGCCUUAGAGCUCAUCCACACAUCCAUCGACUGUGUGCAGCUGCUUGUCAAAAGAUACAGUGCCAUCUCGUCAGAGGACAGUGAAUCACAAGGGACAUCUUGUGGUGAGAAGGACUCUACUGGUGAGGUUCAAGAGAGCACCACCCUCCACAUCGUCUCCUCAAAGCACCGCUCCCAGAGCCCGACAGAACUCUUCAUAUCUGAGUCCCAGGAUGAGGUCUCCUAUGGAGAGUUGGAUAGUGAUACAGAGUUUCCCAAGAAACCCCAGCUGAUUUGCACAGAGCUACAUGCUCCCUCAUCUGGUGAUCAGAGAGGCCAGGAGGGCAACAAUGAAGUUGCAUGGCGGUGUUUGUCCCCUGGAGACAUGGUGGAGCUCCAGGUUUCCCUCUCUGAGCAAACCUUGGAUGAGGCGGGCUGCACCUCUCUUGGAAGUGCUCUUGGGAUUGAGGGAGAUCUUUCAAACAGAGAGGCUAUCAUAACAGUCCCAACCACUACUACGACUUACAUGCCAAGCUCUGUGAGAGAGCCACUUGGCCAGCGGGGAGUGGUGCUCAGCUCCCCUUCCAUGCUGGGGCAGGUGGAGGUCAUUUUGCAGCAGCAGCCAGCAGCAUCAGGAGCAGGGAGGGGCAUCCUGAGUGUGGGUGGCCCCAAGGUUGGAGGAAGCGUUGAAUCCCAAAGCGAAGGAGAAGAAGGAGGAGGGCACUGUGAGGGAGUCCCUGGAUCAUUGACUGUCUCAUUCAAAGUUCCCUCAGAGGAGGGGACACCAGCAGAGGAGCAGGACUCUGAUUCUGAGGGGGACCAAGACAAACCCAACAAACACCGGGCAAGACAUGCAAGGCUCAGGAGAAGCGAGAGUCAGUCAGAGAAGCAGCUGAAAGAGGCCAAGUCCAAAUGUAAGCGUAUCGCCCUUCUUCUUACGGCUGCUCCGCCCAACCCCAACAACAAGGGGGUGUUGAUGUUCAAGAAACAUCGGCAGAGGGCCAAGAAAUACACGUUAGUGAGCUACGGCACAGGAGAAGACGACCACGAGUACAGCGACGAAGAGGACGAGGAAAACGAAGAGGACAAACAAGGAACCCAAACUGUUGAAUUUACCCUUUUGGCUCCAAACAAUUCUGAACUAGACAAGCAAUUCCUGGCAAAUGCCCAAGGUGGAAAAGGUGCACUAACGAUCAACUGGGAUAAGGGUCUCCUUGAGAUAGAAAGGAACCUGAAAAACCAAGCAGAGAUGGAGUGUUUGCCUGAAACCAAAGGCAAGGGUGCCCUGAUGUUUGCCCAGCGGCGUCAGAGAAUGGAUGAGAUUUCUGCAGAACAUGAGGAGCUCAGGCGCCAUGGGAUUCCAGUGGAGGGAGUGCUGGAGGCUGAAAAAAAGAAAGCUGAGCAAUCCUACAUGCAGUCUACUACGGAGAGCCACGCUUAUAUGGAUGUAAAUAUACACCAACAAAGCCAACAGCAGCCGCAGUACCAGCAAUAUCAGGAGCAGCAGUACUACGAGCAACAACAGAACUACCAACAACAACAGCAGCAAUACCAGCAACAACAACAGCAAUACCAGCAACAAUAUCAGCAGCAGCAGCAGUAUGAACAACAGUAUCAACAGCAGCAAAUGUAUCAGCAGCAGCAAGAAUAUCACCAAGAGCAACAGCAGAUGCAGCAAUAUUCAACAAACAUCAAUGGCACGGUCCAGCAUCACACCAAUGAAAUGCAGAGCUCUUUCAGCAAUCGUACAGCAAAGCCUUUUUCAGCUGAAAACAUGACGUCUACCCCUUAUUCUCCUGCAGUGAGUGGGACCAAUCAAGAUUCUAUGGGCCAGGGGGAGCAGAUAGCUUCUCGGGAUGAACGCAUUUCUACCCCUGCAAUUAAGACUGGCUUUCUGAUGGAUGCAAGGAGAAGAAUCGCAGGGAAGCCGAUGUUCACUUUUAAGGAAGCACCGAAAGUAUCACCCAAUCCAGCUUUGCUCAACCUCCUGAACAGGGGGGAUAAAAAGUUGGGCUUUGAGUCAGGCCCUGAGGAAGACUACCUUAGCCUUGGAGCUGAGGCUUGCAAUUUCCUCCAGUCUUCAAGAGGUAAACCCAAGAUUCCUCCACCAGUGGCUCCAAAGCCAGUGAUCAAUCCGAAUUCUCCUCCAUGGUCCCCACAGAUAGAAAUGACCAACCAGGACAUGCCUCAACAAGCUGAAAAUAGUGUGUCCACACCUGCUGUAGCCCCCACCGCACAGACUACCCUUGCUCCAGAACUAGAGCCAACCCCUGCACCUGUCCCUGAGCCAUCUCCCCCUCUUGCCCUGCAGGAAGCUCCCGCCAAAACUAUGCCCGAGGAGCAGCAGACAUGGACUCCUCAGCCAGAAUCCCAACCAACAUCUUUGCAAGUGCCAUCUCAUGAGGAAAAUGGUCACAUGAAUUCUGCCUUGCAACCUGAGCAAGCUCCUGUGACUAGCUGGGCUGUAGCACAAACACAACCUCAACAACAGCCACCUGCCAAUUCAUGGAAUCCAACUCAAGUGCAGCCACAGGAACCACCUCCAAGUCAGUCCCCACCACAGCCACCUUGGGUGACACGUCAACCUCCGCAGCCACAAGCACAGGUUCAGCCACCCACAAACACUUGGAGUGCUCAAAUUCAGCCUUCUUGGACUCAGCCUCAAGAGCAAGCACAAGCCCCGACACAGGCGCAGCCACCCUGGGUCCAGCCUCAAGAGCCAUCCCAUUCUCAACCCCACUAUCAGCAGCCCUGGGCACACGCUCAUGAGCAGGCAAAUAUGCAGCAAAUGCAACCAUCUUGGAGUCAACCUCAAGAACCAAUACAGCAGCAGCCCCAGGCCCCAUGGGCACAGCCAUCACAAGCAGAGUCUCAGCCUCAACCACCAUGGGUGACACCACAGCAGCAAAAACCACAGCCUCCUUGGGUUCAGCCAGACUCCCAGCCACAACCCCCAUGGGUUCAGCAACCACAGCAUCAGGCUCCUCAACAAGCGUGGCCUCAGGCUCAAGCACCAGGCCAACCUCAACCAUCCUGGGUAUCAGCUCAGCCUCAACAGCAACAACAACCUCAAAUGAAUACAUGGUCUCCAACACAAAAUCAAGCCCAAGUUCAGCCACCUUGGGUCCAAGCACCCCAGGCACAACCUCCUACUCAACCCCAAGCAAAUUUAAAUCCAUGGGCACCAGUACCCGCACAGGUUGAAUCCCAACCAUCAUGGAGCCAGCCCCCUCUUGAACAUGGGCAGCAUCCAAUGAAUUCUUGGACCCAAGAUCAAAACCCUGCCCAACAACAACCACCUUGGGCCCAACCAGUUCCAAGCCAGGCACCACAGUCAAACUGGCAACCAUCCCCUUCAGCGACUCCUCCACAGCCACCAAUGAAUACAUGGCCUUCAGCUCAGACACAACCUCAAACACCUAUAAAUGCCUGGGCACCACAGACACAGCAGGCACCUGUGAAUGCUUCAACGUCAAUACUGAACCCACGUCCUUCUCCAAAACCUUGGAAUCCACCACAAAGUUCACCCCGAAGCCGGACCCCUCCACCUCCACCACAAAGAAUGCACUCUUUUACCAUUGGUCAAAGAGUUUCAUCGCCCAUUAACCCAAUGGCCACCGUCUUAGUUCCAUCAUCCCAAGGUCCAGCUUAUGAGAUGCCAGUGGUUAGAGGGAAGGGAGCUGAUAUGUUUGCAAAGAGGCAGUCCCGUAUGGAGAAGUUUGUUGUGGACUCUGAGACUGUGGAAGCAAAUAAGGCAAGCCGGUCAACAUCGCCAGUUGCUUCUUUACCCAAUGAGUGGAAGUAUACACCCAAUGUACGUGCUCCUCCUCCAAGGGCUUACAAUCCUAUUCAGUCCCCUUCUUAUCCCCCAGCAGCAACAAAGCAGCCGCCUCCAGGCAGCCCCUCAACCAAAGCCAAGAAAAAAGGGAAAGACAAGCCAGCACCUGCCCCCAAACCCCUCAAUGUUGUAGACGUUAUGAAGCAUCAACCCUAUCAACUUGAUUCUUCACUCUUUCUCUUUGGCCCAGCAGCAGAGGCUGCCAAGGCUGCUGCUGCAGCUAAAGCUGAAUGUCCACCUCCUAACCCACCAGUCGAAACCCAACCAAUUCAAUAUGAGCAAAUGGCUCCUGUCCAGCAACCUGGACCAUAUAAUGCCCCUUACCCACAGCAAGCCUAUGGGAUGCCAAUGCAGCCUAUGAUGCAUGAUGGCCACUACCAGCAAAACCUAGCUAAUGUUUAUCCUCCCCCCAACCCCUAUCAGCAACCUCCAGGUGUUCCUUACCAGCAAGCAUAUCAGCAACAGUAUCAGCAACCUCCCCCACCCCCUUAUCAACCUCAGUCUCCCCAGUCUCCAAACCCUCCAUACCAGCAGGCCCCUUACCAACAACCAAAUAGUGCCCAUUACCAGCAGGCUCCACAGGCCCCUUACCAACCAGCCAAUAGCCCUCCCUACUUAGCAGCUCCUUCAGUACCUUACCAGCCACAGCCUCCAUCUACUUUUGUUGCUCCCAGUUUUCCUAUAGCAGCAAGGCCUGAAUCUGCUUCAGGUGGUAACCCCAUGACUGCUCCUAAGCCUAAGUUUACUGCUAAAAAGAGCUCAGCUCAGGUGUGGAAGCCUACAGCAGUGCAGAAAGAGUAAUUCUGGUAGAAUCAGGAUUUGCUUGAGUCAAAGGGUUGAAGCUACAGCAGUCCACUGCCAGUUGGACUAUUUUGAGCAAAUAUACUUGCUUUGGCAGAGACCAUCUUCUCCUGCUUUCAGUGUUAUCAUACGACAGAGCUUGAUGGUUUAAAGUUGAGGGGAAAAAUGGGACAAGUAAGAAUACCAUCAAGAUGUAGGUAUAUCUUAUUGGAGAGGCAAACGAACUUGUAAGCCAAAUGUCGUUUUUUUAUGUUUAUAAAAGAUAAUGCACAUGGUACUUCAGACGAUCACCUCUAAGUGAUGCAAUCAUAUAUCAAUAAUAUAAAGUGAUGGCAAUAUGAGAAUGUAGGGGAGCAUGGUGCUCAGUAGGAUCUGAAAGAAAGGAGUGACAGAAAAAAGAAUAAGGUGAAUGGUGUUAGACUGAGUAAAGGGAAAGUUCAAUCUAUGAAAAGAGGUAAUUCUAAAACAUGCAUUUGUUUAUUUGAUAUUAAAUAUUAACAUGUGUAUAACAAAAAUAGGGUCUUUUGGUGAAAUGAUACCAAGCUGAAAGCUAAAUUUGCAGAGCAAGUGAGGUCACUAAGGGAAGAGAUUAUGUACCAACCUCACUGAGUCAAAGUUAAUGCUAAAGAGUACAGCAAUUCCCCUUAGAAAAAGCAGAAUGACUAAUAUUUAAAUGCUGAAAAUUCUUUAGUAGCUUCCCCUUUGUCUUUUCUAUAGCCCCACAUAUGUGGGUUAAUUUAAUUUUAUCCUUUUUUACAAGCUGCAUCAUGUUAGGAACUAUUUUUAAACCACCUCAUGGGAGGGAGCACUGAGGCCCAGAUAUAGUAGGCUUAAAUUUCAGCUUAAGCCAUUCAAAGCAACUAAAUCUCAGAUCCUUCUGAUAAUAGGUCAUCUAUAUUAACCACUCACUCAACUUCUUCUGCUUUUGUUUUAUAUAAAUAGAUGUUAAAUGAUCUAUAAAAGAAGAAUUACUGAAAGGAUAAUCAGCCUGAUAAUGUAAACAAAUAUAUUUUUGCUACAGGGCUGCUUUUGUUCUUCGUGUUCUUUUCUUUUUCCUUUGUGUGUUUCUCCUCAUAGUGCACUUUUUCUGUAUGAUUCACUGCAGUGCCAUUAAAAUGUCUUUAUCCUU